GUCUAUAAAUACGGACCAAAAAUAUAAAUGCAACAACUUCUACAAUUCUACUGAGUUACAGUUCAUAGAAGGAUGUCAGUCAAUUGAAAUAAAUUAAUUAGGCCCUGAUCUAUGGAUUUCACAUGACUGGGCAGGGGAACAGCCAUGGGUGGGCCUGUCCCCCAAGUGGGUGGGCCUAUACCUUCCCAGGCCCACUGGGAAGCAAGGCCCAUCCAAUCAGAAUGAUUUUUUUUCCACACAAAAGGGCUUUAUUACAGACAGAAAUACUCCUCCGUUUCAUGUUACGAGAAUUAUGUUCUCAAUGUUCAUAAUUAAAUUAAACUACUCGGUCUGCAACCCAUAAUUUGUAAGAUACUGGCUGAAUGAAACAGACGGAGGCCCAGCUAUGAUAGUCAAAAAUGUAUUUAAACAUAUAAAUUCCAUUAACAUUUCAUCAGCUGUCCGGGUGGCUGGUCUCAGACGAUCCCACAGAUGCAGAAGAAGCCUGAUGUGGAGGUCAUGCGCUGGCGUUGUUAAACAUGGUCUGCGGUCAUGAAACCGGUUGGAUGUGCUGCCAAAUUCUCUAAAACAACGUUGGAGGUGGCUUAUGCCCUGGAGGCCAGACUGAGUGCCAGUGAGAGAGAACUGACCACCACGAGGAAUGAUGUUGAUGAACUGAAGAGACAGAACACAGACAGACCAAAAGUGGCUUUCUCUGCUGCUGGUUUGAACGAUAAGGGACCCAUAGGUCCCUUCAAUACUGACGCCAACCUGGUCUACACCAGAGUCAUCACCAACAUCGGCAAGGCCUACAGCCCGAUUACAGGUGCCUUCACAGCACCAGUGAGAGGCGUCUACUACAUCAGAUUCACCGCUGCUCAACAUGGGCUUGGUUACAUGGGUAUAUCCAUGUUUAAGAAUGGGCAGGCGACCAUGUCUAACUAUCAUUACAAUAGCCAUGGAUACUGGGUCUAUUUAUCUAACGGAGUCAUUCUGGAGCUGGAGGAGGGAGACGUGGUGUACAUGCGUCUCCCUGCGAGCUUCAGGCUCUAUGAUAACUCAUAUAAUCAAAACAUCUUCAGUGGUUUCCUGCUUUUCACCGUGUGACAACAUCAGAAAUACUGUGAUGGUCUCAUGUAAAGAGGAGUUUGAAUGUCAGGGCCUCGCGGAGCCACAAAGGCUCUGCUCUGACGAUCAAUAAACACAUCUUGAAAAGGGGAGAAGAAUCACACAUCCUUUGUAAAGCGAAGAUCUAAAGAUCUAAGGGUUGUCAUUAUGAGUGAGAAUACACUAAGUGACAAUACACCAGAAGCAAUGCUAAAUCACACACUAUACUGAACUGUACACUACUGAACUGUACACCAUACUGAACUGUACACUACUGAACUGUACACUAUACUGAACU